AUGGCUUCUUCCGAGCAUAACCUGUCCUCGCCAACCCCAGCUCGCGCCCUCCCUAAUGGAUGGCCCCGCAUAACUGAAUCCACUCCAGUCCGAGACCUUGGCCCUGGAACCAUGGAUUAUGAGCGCUGUGCGGCUCUACAUAAUGAGCUCCUAACCAGGGCUGUCAAAGGUCAUGGCGGCCAGAUGCCCUCCAAGCCCCUAUCCUGGUGGGAGGCCAGGGGGCCUUCUGAGGAAGUUGCCAACAGUCUCCACCCGUCCUUGAUAGAAUUCCUAAAGCGCGCUUGGGAUGAGGAUGUGCUGCCUCCUUACUUUAGGCUCUUUACCUUUCUUGGUGGGUUGAAGUCUCCGAAUGACUUGCGAAAUCAUCAGGUUACUUGGCAUGAGGAAGAGGAUGAAGACGGAAGGCUUGUCAAACUCUAUGAGUCUAGUCACUACCGAGUCGCAGAUGAUGAGGGUAUUUUGUAUGGCUUUAUUCCCUCAAGCUAUCCGAUGACUGACUUGGAGGCAAGGCGAGCUGACUUAUUAAUUAGUUUUGAUCAGACGACUCUAAAAGCAACCUUUAUUGAAGAUAUUAAUGAUACUAUGUUCAUCACUAGGAAAGAAUGGAGCUGGAUGCCUCUGGAGGUUAUUCUAGAUUCAUAUCUUCAGAUGGUUGACGAAAAAAAGGCGCAGGUAGUUUCCAAAGAUCAGGCAAAACUACUAAAGAUGGACUUCCUACAUGGAUUGAUGGAACCCUGGAUAAUCCAUCAGUACACAAAAGCGGACCUAGAAAGGGCUACCACUGCUUUCAAGCGCCUCGUGAGAGUAAUCGAAUCUCAAAUCCCGCACAGAGAUAAUUAUACUACUGUUAUAAACUUACCGUGGCAUAAUCCAGCAAUAUUCGAGGACCAGUGUAUUCUCCCCCCCUCAUCAUUCGCCCACGAGUUCCUGCGAUCCAUUUCUGACUGCAGCGUCCGAUUUCGCUACGUCGCGCCGGGGAUCCGAUUCCCUACUGUCGCCGAAUUCCAGGAUCAACCUAUUACGGAUUUUAUUACAUCGCCGCAUAACCACCUCGGCCAGUACCCUGGCAACUGUCCUCUCCGGAUCCUUCAGAUUGACGACGCAGACUAUCCUCAGCCAGUAGCGCAUGGUAACUAUCUCGGCCUCAACAAUAUCUCUGCCGGAUUCUAUAUCCCUCACGUUGUGGUAGAAUGCCCACUAUUCUGGAGUAACGGAUGUCGACUUCUACUACCCUUUGCGAUUGGGGCUUUAGGAUGGGCUCGACUCUCGAAUGGACAACCGUUUGGAUUAGCCGACUUUGAUUAUAUGGAGGAAUACCCAGAGCCUCGUGAUAAUCAUGGGGAUUUAUAUCAGGCUGGGACUACAAAUGGUAUUACAAACAAUCAUGCAGUGCAGAUAGACAAGGUGCUGAAUAACUGGGCUGAUCGGGUUGAGAGGGGCGAUUGGGAAGUAGAUAGGGAUGGUGUCACCGGGGGGAUUAACAAGUUUCGAGAGGCGGACACACAGGCGCAUUGGCAGAAGUAUUGGAUUUUACCGUCCUGGUAA